GAACUCUGGACCCUAUUAUCAUCUAUCAUCAACCAUUCUUGUUUCUCGCUUUCUUUGUCCCUCCUGUGGUGUCUCUUCCUAUUAUUCUUUACUCCUUAGUGAGUGGACACUUGACAAAACCACUACCACUACCACCACCACCACCACCACUACUACUCCUCCUGCUACUACUCAUUACUGAAGUUAGUUUGAUUUGGUCCCAUCGCUGGACUCUCCAUUCAGACUGUCCUUCCUCUGCACGCCUUAUCUGUUGGACGGGGGUUGUUCUUGAUUGCCUCUUCCUGCCUCGUCCGGUCACACGAUCCCUCCUCGUUUAUGGACGUGGAUUGUGUCGCCGUCCCCCCCCCCGAUUCCACUACAAAAUGGCAUACAACGCCGUGUCCCAGGUCGACCAGGAGUUGGCUUCCAAUGCGACCGAUUCUGAUGAUUCCCGCGCUCCUUCGCCGCAGCUACCGCACCCCCACGCUUCCUUUGAACCAUUGCCGCUCGACGUCGACCAUCUCGGUGCUGGGAGACAUAUGGAGUCCGCAAAAAUCGAGGAUGGGAACGGGAUUCGAAGUCUGGGUUCUAUGAUCCGCUCAAUGACGGCCGCUAGUUAUGAUCUAGUGGAGGACGACUACGAAGUCCCCGAUCCGUCAGCACGACGGAAGUCCAAUAGUCGCAGUAGCUCCAAUAGCCCCCCCCGUCGCCUUUCUGCGCUUGAUACGGCCACCACUAAUGACCACGUUGAUCUCCGAACCCCAACCACCGAUCAUUCUGUGCCUCUCAGCCAUCCGACCCCGGGUCUUCAAUCACUGCAAGGAGCGUACCUCAAUAAUGUGGAGAGGCUGGAGAAAAGUGCGGAACGUCUGAGUCUGAGUUCUGCAGAUAUUGGGAGCGAAAUUCGCAAAAUGGAUCUCGAGCAAAAGAGGCGCUCGAGCGGCUCAGCCUCUAAUAAUUAUGUUCUCGCCAGCAAUCCGGAUACCUCGCGUCGAGGUUCGAUUCAAUCUGUUGCUCGUUUGGCUCAAGUUUCAGAGCAAACCCUCGAAGAUCUUCACGAAGAUCCUACCACUCAACCUCCCACACAACACUACCUUCCCCCGCCCCCUGAGCCGGCUGUUCAUCCCGAGGUCAAUCCGCCCCAGUCCGCUGAGUACACCCAGGCCAUGGAUCACCUGGAGAUCAAGCGACCAGACACGGCGGCUUCGAAUGACACAUACCAACAAGCCAGGUUUCUAUUUACAGACUUUGAUGGAGUUCAUUAUGUCCCUUCCGAUAAGGUGACGGAGCCGGGACCGCGUGUGUCAUUGACGCGACCCCCCUUGGCCAGCCGGCCAGAGCCAUACAAACAACCCCAAGUGGGGGAGAAUAUGGUCUACUACCCUGCUCCGGUGCCCAUGAUGCUCAACCUACCACCGCGACUUUCCCAACGACCAAACAACACGGAGCUAGAUAAGCGCCGCACGCAAGUUCUAGACACUGUAACACCCGAGAAUAGAAAAUCGGCCCCAUGGCUAUUUGGCCAGAAUCAACGUGCUGGUGCCGCCCCUCGUCUUUCCGAGAUGCCUCCCCAGCUCCGUGCCAGUGUUUUCUUUGAGCCACCUUCUGCGUCACUGGAGAUUGACCCAACUCAAACCUCCGCGGUUGCGACGCUAGACAGUAUCCUCGAUGCCUCUGCCACAGCCCCGGUUACUGCUUUCACAGAUCAUCCAUUCGCCGGCCCGAUCGGUCCUGACGUAUAUGGGAACUCGAGGCCUAAGGGAGUCUCCAAAGGCGUAGCUGAACAGAGGAAAAAGCAACGCCCCAAGAGCAGUUUGGGUCUUGGCCCUCGGCCUUCUAACCCUGAUAUUAGGGCAAGCACUCUGACGAUACCUCAUGCAUACCAAACUACAGAAGCCCAGGCGGCUGAAAUGCACGAGGCUACUUCGUUACGAGAACAUGAGAGGAGUUCGGAUUCAGAGUCUGGCUCCGAGGAUGGUUCGGAAGAAGAUACGGAGAGUAGUGAAGGAGAGGAAGAGGAAGAGGAAGAAGAGGAGGAGGAGGAGGAAUUUCACUACACAGGGCCACCCACUACCUUACUUGCGGAGCUCGAACAACGAAAGCAUGAGCUCAAACUCAGGCGGCGAACUGCAGCUAACUCGACCGGCUUGCAUUCAACCCUUCUUGAACUUGAAGCCGUCGCAAAAAAACAAAGUGAACACAGACGACAGAAGCCGGUUGCCCUCGCGUGGGAAACCCCUGAUGCGCAUAAUCACGAGGAUGACGAAGAUGAAGACGUUCCCCUUGGCAUGCUCUUCCCCGAGAAAGCUCAGGCUGCCGACGAGACUCGGCCCCUGGGUCUCAUGGAAAGGAGAGAAUUAGAAGAAAGCGAGCCCCUCAGCAAGCGGCGAGCAAGGUUGCGCGGCGAAAUUCUCCCACGCACUCCGGACAGACGCCCGAUGACGAUGUAUUCGCAGGGCGUCCACGGCCCGGUCCAGGAUGUCCAAGAAGAUAGCGGUAACGAAGAAGAAACUCUGGGCCAGCGCCUAAGGCGAUUAAAGGGUCAAGAAGAACGGCCGGUCUCUAAAGCCGGGACUGAUUUCACAACCGAAAUCCUAACAGAGCUCAAGAACCUGGGUGCUGAUGAGAAGAAGGACAGCCAGGAGGAACCGUCACAAGAAGAGGAAACACUGGCGCAAAGACGGGCUCGCCUAAAGAAAGAAGGAGAUGCGCAGCAGAAUUCUACCGCAAAGAUUCCUCGAUACCGAAGAAGCAUGGCGGAUGUGCUCCACGCACAACGCCCAAGCACUGCAGAGCUCUCUCGUCCCCAUGGUCCUAUUCACCAACGCUCUUUUGACCAGCGCCUGUCCAUACAACAGUUUCCUGUCAAUCCCAGUCCUCCGAAAACAGCAGUAGGGCUUAUGCAUUACCAGGCACCCAAUAUGGCAGCUCCGUACGGCCAUGGCAUGGCACACCCGAAUACGUUUUACAGUGACGCCAUACUAGGCAUGAGACACCUGAGCUAUGCGAUGCCAAAUAACUACCACUACCCGGGAGUCAUGAGAGAAGUGAUUGAUCCCGGACAACGCGAAAUCAUUGAUCGCUGGAGGCAGGGCAUUGUAUAGUGUCUCUCUCUCUCUCUCUCUCUCUCUC